AUGGCUGCAACCGCAACAGAUACCGACUUGAAAACUUUUAAAGAUUUUUUAAUUCAGUAUAAUAAUGUCACAGAACAAUGUUUUGGUCACUGCAUUACGGAUAUGACCACCAGGACUGUGAACGAAAGAGAAGAAAAAUGUGCCACAAAUUGUUUGGAUAAAUUCUUGAAGAUGACGCAGAGGCUUGCAUUACGAUUUCAAGAGUAUCAGAUGUUGCAAACUGAGGCUCAGGGAGCACCGUUACAAAUGUUAAAGUAA